AGGUAGCGCAAUGUCUACCGUGUCACAUCAUAUGAAGACCUGCCUUGACUUAUGUUGGUACUUCAACGCAUCAGGCGGGCGGUUAUCACUUGCCGAUGCCAUCUUCCCAAGAUACCUAAGGUAUUGUGUGGUCUUGUUUUAAGCAAAAGUGCUUUUCUACCUGGUACCACCGAGACAGGUAGGACGCUUCUCUCCUAGGUCGGUCAACGAAUUCUUGCUCGAAUUCUCAGGAGUACUGCAAAAGAUGCCACCAUCUUCUAUGGGCUUAGGCUCCUCAUCCAGCGGAGGGGCUAGGCGGGGUGUGGCCCCGCAAAGAAAAAUUGCCCGGCCUUCCCCGGACGGGGAAAAGACUCCAUCGCAGCAUCUGUGGCGUGGCUCCCAUAGACCGUAUGGGGUAUCUCAGUCUGGAAGAGCACGCAGUUGCUCACUGUCCGAUGAUUUGUUGGGACAGCGAGUCACUCCGGGUUUGCCAGAUGCUCGCGAAAUAUCGCGUUCGUUCCUUUCACUUCAACCUCGUGGCCCUGACUGUUCUUCGACAAUCUCCGAUGGCAAAGCCCAGGGGGAAGCUUCCGAACAAGAAAGCACAACGCCCAGCGGUGUAGGUGAGGUCAUUUUGGCCAUUAAUAUGACCGAUAAGGGAGUCCUAGGUUGUGCCUACUACCUUGUCCAUCAACAAGCCCUUUUUGUGAUGAAUGAGCUAGAAGGAGCAGACGUCUCGAUUCUGGAGUCUCUUCUCAUCCACGCCCAACCAAACACCGUUCUGUUACCCUUCAAAGCAAAGGAUCUCGUGAUGGACUUCUUUGACAAGACAACCUUGGUCGCCGAGGGUGAGAGAAUGCCAUUGCACCGGAUAUCGCUACAGUUGAAAUAACUAUGUGACAGGCUCAGUUCAUCGCUCCUUCGUUCUUCGCACGCUCACAUCCACAGAAUACGGAUACAACGCCGCAUUAAACCGGUUAUCGAAACUAUAUAUUCGGGCAGCCCACCCCGUAGGAGAUGUGACUUGUUCCCAGGUUGAUAAGGAG